AUGUUCAACGAAAGCCUCGCGAAUGAAAGAGCUCCACAAUCUAUGCCGGACUCUGUCGUGCGACUGCUCCACAAGAAAGGAAACUGCCUGGACAUAGGAAACUACCGACCAGUAGCACUAUUGUCCGUCGUGUACAAAUUGUUCACCUCGAUACUUCGAAGAAGAGCUACGCGUGAACUAGAGGCUGCUCAACCCAUCGAGCAAACUGGUUUCCGAUCCGGAUUCUCGACAUCGGAAAACACCCUGGUCGUGACCGAGAUGAUCCAGAAGUCUCAGGAAUACAAGUUCCCCUUGUACCUGAUGUUCGUCGACUACAAGAAAGCCUUCGAUUCUGUGGAGUUCGGCUCUCUCUGGACGGCUCUCAGCGAGUUUGGAGUCCAUUCGAAGAUCGUUAUGACUCUGAAAAACAUCUACGAAGAAGCAGAAGUCUCUGUCAGAAUUCGAGGACAAGAUGUACCAGUUCGAAUACAGAAAGGAGUGCGUCAAGGGGACACAAUUUCCCCAGACUUGUUCAACGCCACCCUCGAGCACAUUUUUCGAAGGCUUAAUUGGGAGAGCUAUGGAUUUUCUGUGAACGGAACGACUUUGACGCACCUUCGUUUUGCGGAUGACGUCGUACUGUUUGCAUCCAGUGCGCAAAAGAUCCAAGAAAUGGCUAACGAGCUGGCAAAAGAGAGCAAGAAGGCCGGCUUGGAAAUCAACUUCGCGAAAACGUUCAUCAUGGCUAAUCGAGCCCAAAGAAAUGUCGAGAUUGAUGGGAAAAGAAUUGCCUACACGGAUGGGUUCAUCUACCUCGGUACCCAUCUCCACUUCGCUGAUGGCUCGAAAACCGAAAUCCAACGCCGAAUUCGUUCUGCAUGGAGCGUCUUCCACAAGUUCAAAACGUACUUAACACGAAGAAACGUUUCCAAUAUACACAAAGCCAAGAUAUACAACAUGUGUAUUGAACCAGCUUUUCUCUAUGGUUCGGAAACUUGGACUCUGAAGAAGAAAGAAAGGAACCUUCUGGCAACGGCACAGCGGAAAAUGAUGCGAUGGAUGCUCGGAGUAACAUUGCUCGACAGAAGAAGAAACUCCUGGCUCUAUGAAAAAUUGAAGCUACGCGAAGUUCGGUCGGAAGCUGUGAAGAGAAAAUGGCUUUUCGCAAAGAAGAUCGCUACGGGAGAAGACACAUGGGCGAAGAAAAUCGUGGAAUGGCGACCAUGGGCGAAAACGCGUGGAGUUGGACGACCCAAACCCCGUUGGCGAGAUGACCUACGAGCAGUUCUUGGUGAAAGAUGGGCGACAGUUGCGCGAACCAACAAACAUCUCUUCAAAUAUUCCAUGAUUCAGCAGAUACAAGAUUACUCUGAGGACUGA